CCACUACCAGAUAGUACAUUGACACAACGACGACCUCAAAAUGGCUCUCGACACAAGAUCAGCGUACUCUCUCAGCGUCCUCCCUCCUCAUCAGGAUGAAGCCUCAGAACCGCGCACCGAGUUGCAGUCCCGACUUAAGGAAUUCGUCCUUGCGUUCCAGAUUGACGGCACAUACAUCUACAGAGACCAGAUCCGAGAGAAUGUACUGGUGAAGCAAUACUACUGCGAUAUCGACUUGGGUCACUUGAUAUCAUAUAAUGAGGAGCUGGCGCACAGGUUAACCAAUGACCCUGCGGACACGAUUCCUCUAUUCGAAGCCGCCCUCAAGCAAUGCACUCAGCGCAUCGUCUUUCCUCACAAUGCACACGUCGAACUCCCUCAACACCAACUUCUACUUCAUUCUUCAGUCUCACAUACCUCUAUUCGCGACCUCAAUGCCACGAAUGUGUCAAAACUGGUGCGCAUCCCAGGCAUCGUCAUUGGCGCGUCCACUUUAUCCUCAAAAGCGACACUCCUGCAAAUCCAGUGUCGCAACUGCGAUCAUAUCGACUAUCUACCAAUUGAAGGCGGCUUUUCAGGAAUAACACUCCCAAGAACAUGCUCAAGAAGAAAAGUCCCAGGUCAAGAGGCGGGAGACCCAUGCCCCUUGGACCCAUACUUUGUGGUUCACGAAAGCUCGCAAUUCAUCGACCAGCAAAUCCUGAAGCUUCAAGAAGCUCCAGAUCAGGUCCCGGUUGGAGAACUACCGCGUCACAUACUCAUCUCCGCUGACAGACACCUCACGAAUCGAGUGGUACCUGGUUCCAGAUGCACCAUAAUGGGCGUAUUUUCAAUUUAUCAGCAGAACAAAGGCUCCAAAAAGGAGGCAGUCGCCAUCCGGAAUCCUUACGUUCGAGCCGUGGGUAUCGCUACUGACGUGGACCACUCGGCAAGCGGUGCAUCGUUCACAGACGAGGAGAUUCAAGAGUUCGAGGAGAUGUCCCGAUCACCAGAGCUUUACAACCGAUUUGCCCGCUGCAUCGCACCAUCCAUCUACGGCAAUGCCGACAUUAAAAAAGCCAUCGCAUGCUUGCUGAUGGGUGGUUCGAAGAAGAUUCUCCCCGAUGGAAUGAGACUAAGAGGAGAUAUCAACGUGCUGCUUCUAGGUGACCCAGGUACAGCAAAGUCACAAUUGCUGAAAUUCGUGGAAAAGGUUUCCCCAAUCGCCAUCUAUACAUCUGGAAAGGGCUCCUCGGCAGCUGGUCUGACCGCCUCUGUCCAGCGAGACAACCAAACACGCGAAUUUUAUCUGGAAGGUGGUGCCAUGGUCCUGGCGGAUGGCGGUGUUGUAUGUAUCGACGAAUUUGACAAGAUGCGAGACGAAGAUCGCGUGGCCAUCCACGAAGCCAUGGAGCAGCAGACCAUAUCGAUUGCUAAAGCCGGCAUUACGACAAUUUUGAAUGCUCGCACGUCAGUACUGGCGGCUGCCAAUCCGAUCUUCGGUCGGUAUGACGACCUAAAAUCACCUGGCGAGAACAUCGAUUUCCAAACGACCAUCUUGUCCCGGUUUGACAUGAUAUUCAUUGUCAGAGAUGACCACGACAGAAAUCGCGAUGAAAGAAUUGCCAAGCACGUCAUGGGUAUUCAUAUGGGCAAUCAGGGCGUAGAAGAGCAAGCUGAAGUUGAAUUUCCCGUUGAGAAGAUGAAGAGGUAUAUCAGUUUCUGCAAAUCACGAUGCGCCCCUCGAUUGUCAGUGGCUGCCGCAGAGAAGCUAUCUUCGCACUUUGUUUCAAUCAGAGCUCGCGUCGCCCAAGCGGAAAAGAAUAGCAACGUUCGGUCUUCCAUCCCAAUCACAGUCCGUCAACUCGAGGCCAUCAUCCGUAUUACCGAAUCCCUGGCGAAAUUGACACUAUCGCCUGUUGCGGAAGAGCAUCAUGUCGACGAGGCAAUCCGUCUCUUCCUUGCCAGUACCAUGGACGCAGUAUCCCAAGGCGAGGGUGCUGGAGGUAUGAGCGCCAAUAGGGAGUUGAUGGAAGAAGUGGGCAAGGUCGAGGAAGAAUUGAGAAGACGCCUUCCCAUUGGUUGGAGCACGAGUCUCGCAACCCUUCGACGGGAAUUUGUCCAAGGGAGAGGGUACAGUGAAUCAGCGCUGGCGCGGGCUUUGCAUGUCUUGCAGCGAAGGGAAACGAUAAGGCUGAGAAGUGGCGGGAGCCAAGUGUACAGGAGUGGCGUGUAAUUGACCUUGGUCCGCACUGCUUACACUUUGACGCCGACAAUGAUAUCAAGUGGACGUAUGGAGUGAGGUUUUUCCUUAUUGGUGAAGUCGGCGUUUUGUCGUUUUGGGAGAGGGAUGUCUAGGUGUUACGACCAAUCUGUGUCCUCCUAUAAGUUAGGGCCAUAGGCGCCAGCGCGUUUCCAGCUAGGGCCAGUUUUGGGUGAACCAUUUCAAAAUGGCUGGGGAAGCAGUUCUCUUAUAGGCAACCUGUUACUGAAGAGGUGCAUCACCUGCGCUUCUGUACUUCCCACGGGCUGUUCCUUUGUUCGCGCCAUGAAAGUCUGUUGGUAAGAACAAGCAAUGUUUCGACGAAGUGUUGGGACGAAGGCCAGCCUUGAUACAGGUAUAUAUCCAAACAUAUCCGACCUCGCUACAUAUGGACGUGGCUGUUGACAUGAACUAAGG